CCAGAAAGAGGCUUCCAGGUGGGGACCCAGCCCUUGCCUGUGACCUGAUGUGGGGUUUUUCAGGAGCCUCCCUCCCUGUGACAGGCCCUAGUAUUGGACCCUCAGCAGUGUUCUGAGGCCAGAAUGUGAGAAGGAUGCUGUCAGAGAAAGAACAUGGGAAAGCAGCGGUGUACAUCCUGAUGGGGAUUUUCGAUUUGAAAUCACACUCUCACCUCCAGGUUCCAGCAGGAACAGACAGAUGGGAAUGUGACCACAGCAAGUGGGCGGACAACUUCGUGGCCCCAGGCUGUGGAGGGAGCCAGGAACACAGCUUUCAGCACCCCUUCCUCCAGGCAGUGGGCAUGUUCCUGGGAGAGUUCUCCUGCCUGGCUGCCUUCUACCUCCUCCGGUGCAGAGCUGCGCGGCACCCAGACACCAGCACAGAUCCCCAGCAGCCCUUCAACCCUCUCCUUUUCCUGCCCCCAGCCCUCUGCGACAUGACAGGGACCAGCAUCAUGUAUGUGGCCCUGAACAUGACCAGUGCCUCCAGCUUCCAGAUGCUGCGGGGAGCCGUGAUCAUCUUCACAGGCCUGUUCUCGGUGGCCUUCCUGGGACGGAGGCUGGCGCUGAGCCAGUGGCUGGGCAUCCUCGCAACCAUCGCCGGGUUGGUGGUGGUGGGCCUGGCCGACCUCCUGAGCAAGCAUGACAGCCAGCACAAGCUCAGCGAAGUGAUCACAGGGGAUCUGUUGAUCAUCAUGGCCCAGAUCAUUGUCUCCAUCCAGAUGGUGCUGGAGGAGAAGUUUGUCUACAAGCACAACGUGCACCCACUGCGGGCAGUCGGCACAGAGGGCCUCUUUGGCUUCAUGAUCCUCUCCUUGCUGCUGAUACCCAUGUACUACAUCCCCGCCGGCUCCUUCAGCGGAAACCCUCGAGGUACCCUGGAGGACGCGCUGGACGCCUUCUGCCAGGUGGGCCGACAGCCGCUCAUCGCACUGGCGCUGCUGGGCAACAUCAGCAGCAUCGCCUUCUUCAACUUCGCGGGCAUCAGCGUCACCAAGGAGCUGAGCGCCACCACCCGCAUGGUGCUCGACAGCCUGCGCACCGUUGUCAUCUGGGCGCUGAGCCUGGCGCUGGGCUGGGAGGCCUUCCACCCGCUGCAGAUCCUUGGCUUCCUCAUCCUCCUGGCGGGCACCGCCCUCUACAAUGGGCUGCACCGCCCACUGCUGGCCCACCUGUCCAGGGGCCGGCCCCCGGCCGAGGAAGGCGAGCGUGAGAGGCUGCUGGGGGGCUCUCGGACUGCCAUCAACAAUGCCAGCUGAGCCUCCUGCGGGACUUCUGCCGCCACCUGGACGCUCCUUGUUCACCCUGAGGCUGAGGCCAUGUGGGCUGGUGAACCUCAAAUGCUCUGUCCCCGAGGCCUCACCCCGCCCCCUCCCCACCGACCCCCACCCAGGGCAGCCACUGCCACAACAUCCAGGUCUUCCUUUGUCACCACCCGUGCAAAGAGGUGUUACCCAGCCCCCUCUGAGGUUCAAGUGCCAUGCCCAACCCCUGCCAGGCUUCCCCAGCCCCCCAGCCCCCUGGAAUACUAGAGCUAAAUCAUGGGGUAGAAUUGAAGCAGCCCUAGGGCUUCCUCUUAAGUCAUAGGCUAAAUGUGGUUCUCCCAGGAAGAGAGGUCAGUGAGCAAAUUCUAACAGAACUAAGCACCCGUUUUCUAAAACUUGUAAGAUAUCCCUAACUCUUUCUGGAGACUGAGGUUUCAGCUGGGGCCUUGCUUCAAACGCUGUGUGCUCCCCAGCCCUGUACCUGGUUCUUCUGGGCCUUGGCAUCUUGCUCUGUACAAGGUGUCCACGGUGUAGGACCAACCUGGGGAAGGAGGAACAGCCCGUUUAUUGGAAAUGCCUCCUGGAAAUGCCCGUGGUGCUCCUCCUCCUCCUCGCUCACACCCCCUGGGCCUCCCCAUCUGGGAGAGAUUACAGGGGGGUUUUCAGGCAGCCCUUGAGAACAGUUUUUAUGAACUCUGAUUCAGCUUCCGUUUUAAAGCUGAGGAAGCUGAGUCCCAGAGUUUUAAGUUGUUUGGCCCAAAGGGCUCUCCUGCCCGAGGCUCUGGCCAUGCAGCCACAUGACCGGGUGGCAGUCUGGGGUGUCGAGGGUGUUUGGGCCUCAGGUCCACCCCCAGCACCCCCAUUCCAUGGAGAGCCCUCCAGGGUGAUGGGUCUCCCGGGAGUGUACCAUUCAGAGGGUGAUGGGUCUCCUGGGAGUGUACCAUUCAGAGGGUGAUGGGUCUCCCGGGAGUGUACCAUUCAGAGUGAUGCUGCUAUCCCAGGCACGUGUUAGUGCCUAACAGCCUACACAAGUGGAUGCGGAUGAGAAAACUGGCCCAGAGGAGGUCAGGUGACGUCCUCAUGGAACCAGUAUUCCAAGCGCGGACUGCCUGAUCCAAACCUGUAGCCCCACCUACGAUACGAGUGUCUCUGGGAUCUUUGGGCGGGGAUCCAUCCUGUGCUCUUGUCCUCCUGGUAACUCACCCCUGAAGAGAGGGAACUGGUAGCAGAGACCCCAGGGAGCUGAGCAGCCCUUCUUUCCAGUGGUCCUCACUCUGUGGCAGUUUCUGGAGCCUCAGUUCACUCCCCUGGGCAGCUCCAUCAUGAAAACAAAACACCAAAUGCCUUCCCUAAAAUAGAUCAUUGGGGAAGGAAUCUCUGACCAGCAAAGCCCUCGGGCUGUGGGGAUCCAGCAGGUUCUUGCCAUCCUGUACCCCCAACUCUGAGUCCCAGGGGGCCCUGAGCUCCUCUGGGCCAUGGUAUGUAUCACAGGAGGAAGGAGAUGGAGAGUGAGGAGGUAGGGACUAGAGCUGCUUAGGGGCCUUACAGUGUUGUUUCAGGCUUUUUAUUUUUAAAAAAAACAAAAGGAAAUUGGCAAUAUGGACUUUUCUCUUUAGUGAGAAGGAAGAAGCACAAGGGUUAGGACAUUCCUUGAGGUGAUGUCUAGAAUGUCAGAAUGGAAAAACUAAUGCACCAGAGAAAUCAUCCAGCCCCAAUCCCCAUUGUUCACAUGAAGAAGUUGAAGCCCAGAGAGAAUGACACUUAAGAAUGCACAGAGCCAGGGACUGGCAAAGACAAAUUUGCUGGUUCUCAGUCCUUGCCCGUCCCGUUCUCCCAUUGGAGUAGGGCUGGGAGCCUGAACCAAGAGUCCAGGACUGGCUAAAGUACACAAAUCAUGAACUGUGGAUUUUAGCAUUGAAGGGUUGUGGAGUGAGGGGCGGCAGAGCAUGGGGAGGGGAAAUCCUAGUCAGGCCUGCCACCACCUCCGGCACCUUGCUUUAGGUCUUCACAUCUCUAUAAUGGGGAGGCCUGUAUCUCACAGGAUGGCUGUGGGCAUUAACCUAAGAUAGUAAGUGGAAGGUGCCUGUAAGUGCUUACAGUGGAGUGUCCUGUCAGGCUGCUCUGCCCACAGGGGUGACUCUCAGGCACUGAGGUCCCAACAGAGCCCUGGCGCGGAGCAUCAGUUUUGCUUGGGGGGGGGGGGGGGGCAUCUUUUGUUACACUAUUGUGGAGUAGAGUGUAAACCUCAUGUCAAUUAUAAGAUAAAACAGGAUGCCUUGUGAAGUUUUUAUUUUGAACCUAAGUACCCCUCGGGGCUGUGGAGGCGUGUCCUCUCUGUCCUGGUCUCUGGGGGGCUUCAGAGGAUGAGUGUGGGAGGCUGUGCUAUGUCGUUCUGGUCAUGGGGGUGGAGGGGGUAGGAUCCCUACUCUCCCACUGAGUCUCGAGGGUUGUGGGGAACGUCUGCAGCUGUGGCCUACUGCUCUGAGCAAGGUAAGAGGGCCCUGGACCCCAAAAUUAGAAUUGACUGAUAACAGACUUAUAAACAUCAGUUUAGAUACAGUGUUAUUCAGGCCAUCUGCAUUGUUGUGAACUGACCAGUCUGCCCCAUUCACAGUGGUCCUGGAAAACCUUGGGGCUGGAGCAUCCUCCAGGACUACCAUCCAGGCCCUGGAGGGGCUCUCAGGCUCACUGCCCCCAAGAGAGACUUAGGACCAUGCCAGGCGGUUGCGUUUGCCUUCACUUGUCCAAAGGUCUCUUAACAAUCGAACGGCACUCAAGGGGUCAGAGUCCCCUGAUGAGGACGGUAGGAGGAUUGGACUGAAUGGCCACGUGGUGUUAGGGGGAAGAAGCAGAAAGGGCAUCAGAGAGCUGUGUCUUCAGUCCACCCCUCCUUGACUGUGGCUUUAGACAAGUGAUGUUACCUCUCCAGACCUUGGCUGCCUACAAGAGGGAGGUUCUUUGCUUCCUAAGUGUGUUUGCCUCCCUGAUGUGCUUGCAGAUUGAUUUUUUUCUUUCAUGUUUCCCUUGGUUAAGAGCCCACCCAGCCUUCUGUUGACUACAUCCUUUGAAAAUCUGAGGUCAUCAGGGGGUUCCUCCUAUAGCCAUAAAAGUUUAUAGAUCACUCUUCUUCAGUAAGAACUCUUUGUCAAAAAAAAUUUUUUUUUCAUGUUUUAAAGAAUUUUUAUCAGAGUAUAGUUUAUGUAAAAUGCUGUAUUAGGGACUUGUCUGGUGGUCCCGUGGUUAAGACUCCAUGCUUCCACUGCAGCACUGCAGGAGGCAUGGGUUCAGUCCCUGGUCAGGGCACUAAGAUCCUGCAUGCAACAUAGUGCAACUAAAAAUAAAAAAGUG